UGGCGGGAGGGGGCCAGGACGUACGGCAGCGCGAGGCGCGGAGCGAGACGCGCACGCCCCAGCCCCCGCCCCCCUGCGCGGCAGGGAACGGCGGAGGCGGUGCCGGGGCGGGGAGUGCCCCCCGGGCAGGGGAGGCCGGGCCGGGUGGCAGCUGCGAGCCGUGGGGCGCCGGGCGGGGCGGGCGCUGAGGAGGCGGCCGAAGGCGCGGAGGCAGCCGGUGGCCGCGCAGCCCGCCCCGGCGUGCCCAAGCGGCGCGGCCCCGAGGCGAUGGAGCAGGAGAAGUACCUGCCCGAGCUGAUGGCCGAGAAGGACAGCCUGGAUCCCUCCUUUGUGCACGCCAUGCGCCUCCUGGCCGACGAAAUUGAAAAAUUUCAGGGAUCUGAAGGCAAGAAGGAAGAUGAAGAAAAGAAAUACCUUGAUGUUAUCAGCAACAAGAACAUAAAGUUGUCAGAGAGAGUUCUGAUCCCUGUCAAACAAUAUCCAAAGUUCAAUUUUGUUGGGAAAUUGCUUGGACCAAGAGGAAACUCCUUGAAGAGGUUACAAGAAGAAACAGGUGCAAAAAUGUCUAUCCUGGGAAAAGGCUCCAUGAGGGAUAAAGCUAAGGAGGAAGAACUGAGGAAAAGUGGAGAAGCUAAAUAUGCGCACUUGAGUGAUGAGCUUCAUGUAUUAAUUGAAGUGUUUGCUCCACCUGGGGAAGCAUAUUCUCGUAUGAGUCAUGCCUUGGAAGAAAUAAAGAAAUUCCUCGUUCCUGAUUAUAAUGAUGAAAUUCGUCAAGAGCAACUGAGAGAGCUGUCAUAUUUGAAUGGCUCUGAAGAUUCGGCACGUGGACGGGGUAUUCGAGGAAGAGGGAUCCGUGUGCCACCUGCAGCUCCUUCAAGGGGCCGUGGGGGUGCGAUUCCUCCGCCCCUCCCUGGACGAGGUGCCCAAGCCCCCAGAGGAGCACCAGUGACUCGUGGAGCCCUCCCCGUCCCACCUGUAGCAAGAGGUGUUCCCACACCUCGAGCAAGGGGGGCCCCAGCAGUCCCAGGCUACAGACCACCCCCACCACCUGCACAUGAGGCAUAUGAAGAAUAUGGAUAUGAUGAUGGAUAUGGGGGUGAAUAUGAUGAUCCAAGCUAUGAGACAUAUGAUAACAGUUAUGCCACCCAAACACAAAGUGUGCCUGAAUAUUAUGACUACGGUCACGGAACAAGUGAAGAGGCAUAUGACAGCUACGCACAAGAAGAAUGGGCCACAACCCGUUCCAGCCUAAAGGCACCUCCUCCAAGGUCAGCCCGAGGGGCUUACAGGGAACACCCCUAUGGUAGAUAUUGAAGGUCCACCUCAUCUGUGACCUCAUCUCAAAGACAAUUAAUAGCCUGUGGUCUCCGCAUAAACAGCAACAAGACAAGUAAUAGUCAAUUUCUUUUCUAUCCUAGGGAUUAUUGCUCAUUAUUAUCCUAUGUACUACUUGUAUUUCCUAUAACAUUGGAGUGACAUUGGCAUUAGUAUUAUUUUAUAACACAGACUUAAAAAAAAAAAAAAAAAAAAAAACAUAAACAAAAAACCUUUGGCAAGCAUUGUCUAUAAACCAUUCAAAAAUAAUGUUCUGUUGGUUGUAUUCAUUGCUGUGUGUAACUUUAAAGGCAUGAACCUGUUACAGAUCUUGAGUCUCUCUACAUACUAGCUAAGGCUGAGUUUUUGUUUAGGGUUGCUGAAAGACUGUAAUAUGAUUCUUUUUUUUUUUUCCUUCUUUUCAUUUGAGCCAUACAAUAAUCAAGUUGUAGAUAAGAUGUUUUAACCUGUCUUUUUUAAUAUAUGUUAGUUUAGAUUAAGAUGUUCGAUAUUAAGUUUGUAAAUUUAAUUUUAAAUGCUGUUUUAAUGGGGUUGAAAACAAGCAGCUACUGUAUGUAUGUAGCUAACUGAAUUUGUUCAGUGUUUUAACCUGUAUUUGUUAAAAAAAAAAACAAUCACAUAAAGUUCCAUGUGUAAGCUUCUCUAAAUAGGAAACCAUAAUUUUGUCAAAUAUGUUUGCCAUAAUUUGUCAAUAAAGCUGAAACCUUUUGUAACAAACUAAAUUUGGAAUUGUUUUCUAGCUUUAAAUGCCUGCUUUAUUUCUUUUUCAAGAGAUGCCUAAAAUGUUUUUUAUAUAAAAAUUACAAAAAUGAUCCCAAGCUUGUUUUAAGAUUUUUUUGUGUAAGACUUUAAAAGUUGUAUUAAUAACUUCUGGUUGUUAAAUAAUUUAAAAGUUAACAAACUAAACUGUUACAUGAAUCAUGGUUAGUAUCCACUAAUGUAUAACAUGUUAAUGGAAAAAAAUGCUUUAGAACAAUAAAUGGAUUUUAAACUAUC